ACGUGUCCUGGGCCGUCUCUCUCACAUGACCCGAGUGUUUGUUCCCGUGAUCAGCACUUCCAUCUCCGUCCGUGACACCGAAUAUCACUCUUUACUGUAACCCUGAUGGAUAUGCUCGAACAGAGUCUGGACACCGCAAGCCAAGACAAGCAGGACGAAGAAGUGGUGCACGUAUCUGAAGACGGAACAGGAGACGAGCAGACGGUGACAAUAGCCAGUGUUCAGCAGGCUGCAGCAUUUGGUGACCAUAACAUACAAUAUCAGUUCCGCACGGAGAGCGGGCAGGUGACGUAUCGAGUUGUUCAGGUGACUGACCAGCACCUCGAGGGUAGAGAUGAUGGGGGUGGAGCAGUGAGCGUCGUCUCAACAGCUGCCUUCGCUGGGGCUCCUCAGGCUGUUGCUCAGGCUGUGAUCCAAAACCCUUUCAGUAAUGGAGGAAGCCCAGCAGGAGAGGCGGUGGGAGGGGAGACGCGCUUCGCUUACUUCCCCGCAACCGCGGUGAGCGAUGGGACUGUGUCUGUGCAGGCCGCCGCGGACCCUACACUCACACAGGCAGGGGCCACAGGUCAGUUUUACGUGAUGAUGACCCCACCUGAUGCCCUUCAGACAGGAGUGCAACGAAACAUUGCCCCACGCACACAGUCCUUCCCUGCAGGUGAAAACGACCUGCUGCAACAUGAAGGUUUAAACUGGAAAAUGGAUGGACCGCGAACACCGAGAGACGAAAGAAGGAGAGCGCAACAUAAUGAAGUUGAGAGGCGGCGAAGAGACAAGAUCAACAACUGGAUUGUCACCCUCUCCAAGAUCAUCCCAGACUGCAACAUCGACAGCACCAAGACCGGAGCAAGCAAAGGAGGCAUCCUGUCCAAAGCCUGCGACUACAUCCGUGACCUGAGGCAAAGCAACCAGCGACUUCAGGAGAGUCUGAAGGAAGUGGAGAGGAUACAAGUGGACAAUGAGUUGUGCAGGCAGCAGAUUGAAGAGCUGAAGAACGAGAACGCUUUGCUCCGAGCACAACUCCAGCAGCACGGCAUCGAGAUGGUUGGAGAGACGCCGCCGCAGUGAAGUUGUUGACGAAAAGAGCGGGGGGGACAAGCACUGCCACUCAGACACGCAACCAACGCGGUGGAGGCGGCGGCAGCGGUGGCGAGAUCACGAGGAAAACAAGGACUUUGUUAAGAAUCACUUUCUUUUCAGUGAAGGCAUCCUUCCCUGGGCUCCCAGAUUGCGAACCCUUCACCGGCCAAUUUUGGCUGUACUUGACUGUUCCAAUCAUAUUGAGAUAACAACCCGUUACAGCUCAGUAGAAAUGUGCUCAGCGAGAAGAUUCCCUCUCACCACCAUCAGAGUGCUUCACUAGCUACUACGAAAGAGAACCUCUGCUGAACUCCUCCCUUGUUUUGUAUUUAUGUAGCCUCACACAUGGACUAUGAUGUUUGUCAUUUAAUUUUGCUCCAUGUCAGUGUAUACCCCCCCACCACCCCACCCCACCCUCAAUUAUUAAUUUUACUUAGUUUAUGCUUUUUUUUCCUUCUGUUUGUGUUUUUGAGUUGUGCAUUAAUAUGUUGUUUUUAGCUGCUUUAAUUUAUUAGUCCGCAUGCUGACAGAAGCCUUGAUGGAGACCAGUUACACUGAAGCUCGUGCACCCCAGGGACGCAGAUUGAAUUUCAAGUGAAAAACAUCAAACGUCUGAGACACAUUAUGAUUCUGCAGAGUGAAAAUAAUGUGACACACAUAGCUUACCUAGACCCAAAGACAAACAAGGAGCUGUGCUGGCCUUUGCUUCUGGGCUGAAUUAUGUAAAUAUGACUUCUUGUGUUUUAAUACAGAUGUUACAGAAUGUUAGAGCAGAUUUUUAUCUCUGGGAGUAAACAAUCAAUAACUCAUUAACUUCACACUGGCCCCCUUUUGUCAUUCUAAUCACCAUGAAGUGUGUGUGUGUGCAAUCUUCCAGCUUGAUUCGAGAGGAAAAAAGAAAAAGUGGUAUACUUGAAUUCUUGGGCAUUUGCUUAACCCAGAAAAAAAAUAAUAACUCAAAAAAAAAAGUCAAAAUCACUCGAGAAGUUCCAACUGUUAAAAUGCUUCUCAGUUACAAAUGGAACACGCAGACGAUUGAUACGCCCGGCGCUCUGGAAGUGUGGACCCGGAGAGGAGUGCAGCGCAAAUUCCAACUUUUUGCUAACCCAUAUAUACAUGUAGGCACUGUGGUUUUCAUUCUCAUCUUUUGUUCAUGUGACUUACUGGUGUCUCAGUACCUAUAAAAAAUAAUCCCCCCUCGCUUCAUUUCAAGCUGUUUGCUCUAUUUUGGUAUUGCAACACUUCAAAUGCUCAACGCACAAGGGGAGCGAGGCACCCUGGAGAGCCGCACUCAAAGACUGUCUGCUCACUAUGGAGAAGGAGAGAUUCUGGUGCUGCACUUGUUAAGUUGAGCACGACUCGUUCUCCAUGAAAAGGCGGAGUGGUUAGAAAGUGUGUAGGGGGGGGGACUUGGAAGCGAUCGUUGCUCUGCUUCCACUCAGGCAAAACAAUUAGUAAAACUGUAAACGGCUGCACAAACAGCAGAAGCCAAUAUUAACUGUUGAUGUAUUUUUUUUUUUGUGAAUGAAUAUACAUGAUUUGUUGCUCUGCUCUGGGCGAUGUGAGUGGAAGUGGAAGAAGGAUCUCGAGCUUCAGAGCCACUUAUUAGAGCACAACUGCUUCUACAACAGCUUAGGAUGCAGCAAAACAAAAAAAGCAACAAUCAGGCAUCACAUUUGAAAACCUCUUCUCACUCUGUAGCUCGCGCUUUGGAAGUUGCCGUUCUGCUUCUGCCGCUAGAUUCAAACCCGACACAGCUAGUGCAAAUGUGGCUCCUAUAGCCCAAGUUGACUGAUGAGAAACUUUGCAGUAGACUUAUUUCUUUUUCUUUGUUUGUUUGUUUUUUACACCUCAGUGAGAGGGGGAGCAGAGAAUGUGAAGACAUCAAUAAUGCUUUGGAAAAAAACAUGUUCACAAAUGAAAAGGUCAUUCAUGGCCAAUUCUUUUUUUCUUCUUCCUCUCGUUUCUCUUUUGAAAUGGCAAAAGAGUCGAGGAAGGAAAAAAACGACCCCUCUGUCUGUAGCAGCCUCACUGUUCUCAGGUUAGAUAGGAAGACAUCUUUUACAGUAAAAUGGAAAAUAAAACUUUCACUAGCUAAUAACCUUGA